AUGGUCGACACCACUGCUGCAAAGAAUCGAAUAGCCAAUAUUGGACCAUUCAUACGGGAGAGAUACACGCAUAAGCAAGAUUCAGUCGGCACACUGGAUUUUGACGCCCGCGUUCCUAUCCCUUUCAGCGUUUUUCCGUCGUCGUAUCGCAACGACGCCGUAGAACAACAGACCGUCGAGGAGACACACGUCGAGGCUGAGAUCAAUCUUCCCCACAGACAUCAAGAGCGCGUCGGACGGGAAGGUGAAUACUCUUCUGUCUCCGCACACCCCCCUCCUCAGUCUCGUACCAGCGAGUUCCGACAGGAAGAGGUCCAUAUCACUCGUGAAGAAGAUCGCCAGCACCGUCCGAGCCGCCGAGAAGAUAUCUACAUCCGCGAAGAGAGAAGACCCCAACAACUCAAGCACACCGAAACCCACGUCGACAUCGAGCUUCCAUAUCAACGCAGACACUACGACGGAGACAUCUCCAUCGAACUCCCUCGCCACCGUCGUCAACCACACGAUACCGAGCUUGACCUCACCGAACGUCAAUACCGAGCCAAGUUCCAGCCCAGCUAUCGCGAAGAGGUCCGAUUCAAUCAGACUGUAGACCCUCCCCGAUCCCGCCCAACCUAUCGCGAGGAGACCCGUGUUUCCGGUACCACUGUUGACGCGCCACGCUUUCAACAACAACCCUCCUCCUACCACGAAGAAGUUCGUGUCGGUGGUUCCACUAUUGACCCAGCUCCACGUUUCCAACAACCUUCCCACGAGGAUAUCCGCAUCACUCAAGAGACCGUCGACCCUCCUCGAUUCAAGUCCAACAAGAUGGGUUACUAUGAUGAAGAUGGUCAUUACCAUUCCUUCCGUCACGGUCUCCACCGUGCUGCCGACAAGUUGACGGGGCGUUUCCAUCAUCAUCAUCAUCAUCACCCAAAACAUCAUGACCACAUUGACCAGGAAGAAGUUGACAUCAGUGUAGGCUCCUCGGGCCCUGCUCCUGUCCGCUCUUCCGCUGGCGCCGAACAAUCCCACACGCCCAACACCGUCACCAUCCCCUGCCACCACAUCCGUCUCGGUGACCUCUUGAUCCUCCAAGGCCGUCCUUGCCAGGUUAUCCGCAUCACCACCUCUUCUGCUACCGGGCAGCACCGCUACUUGGGUGUCGACCUCUUCACCAAGCAACUGCAUGAGGAGUCCUCGUUCAUCGCCAACCCAAGCCCAAGUGUUGUUGUCCAAACUAUGCUUGGUCCGGUUUUCAAGCAAUACCGUGUUCUUGAUUUGCAAGAUGGCACUGUUGUUGCAAUGACCGAGACUGGCGAUGUCAAGCAAUCCCUUCCUGUUAUUGACCAGUCCAACCUCUGGGCCCGUCUCUCUGAAGCUUUCGAGACUGGUCGUGGCAGCGUCAGGGUCCAGGUCAUCUCCGACCAUGGCCGUGAACUCGCUGUUGACAUGAAGACGAUCCAUGGUUCCCGUUUGUAA